CAACAGUCGGCAACGGUCGUACAUCUGAUGGUACUCCGUAACAACCAACCGACGAACUAAGGAUACUAGAUUGAUAACGGCGUGUUACAGUGUGGAUUGGUGCUUUUUGCAGAGUGGAUUUUACUUGCGUUUUUAAGAGACACACUUCGAAGAUAAACACACAAAAAUCACCAUGACAACAGCGGCAGACGAUCAGUACUCGGUGCUAUCGGAGCGCAAAGGUAUCUAUCCACACUACUCGUCUACUGCAGCGUACGUACUGGGCAGCCUACAGAUCGUUGGAGCUGUAGUUUCAAUCAUACUUGGUAUCGUUUCGAUAGCUUUGAAGACACUUUUCUACUUCUACUUGGAACCAGUGUGGGCCGGAGUGGGCAUUUUGCUUGUGACCGGUAUCCUAGGUAUAAAAUCAGCCAAGCAAAGAAAAAAGGUUAUCUUGACAUACAUGGCGAUGUGUAUUCUGAGUGCCGUGGUAGCAGGUUUCGGGUUCAUGUACCGCAUGAGCUAUGCCAUCUGCCAGAGUUGGGCGUGUCACCACCCCAGGGUGUUCACAGCGAGACCCGUGGACCACCCCUUCCUCGUUACCAUGAUCAAAGGAGAUCCAUACGGCUUUACCAAAAAUUGCGCUCCAGUUAUACGUUAA